AUGAAGAAUACUAUGGUAAGACUACUAAGGAAUAUUACCACCACGCCAUCACAACGUCUUCCCCUUCCAACUGUCACGCUACUGUCUGUCCGUCCCCUACAUGAAACAGCCCGCAUAGCCAUAAAGAAGAAUAAAUUACCUCCAAGGCCUCGUUGGGCUCCCGCGUUCGAGCAAGAAGUAGAAGAAACCUUCCUGCAUGGUGGCCGUGGACCUGGUGGUCAAAAGAUCAACAAAUGUAAUAGUAAAGUACAGCUGAAACAUCUGCCGAGUGGCAUCGUAGUCGAGUGCCAGGAAACCCGCAGCAGAGAGAACAAUAGAAAACUGGCUCGACAAAAGCUCGCAGCUAAGAUAGCUAUUUGGAAUAAUGGGGACAAGGCCCUCGAGCGAGAUCUAGCUCUUCAACAAUGGGUUGCGCAGGGCAAGAGAUCUAAGCACAAGAAAAGUAGGCAGAAGCAUGAGCAAGCCAAGUUAGAUAGUCUUGAGGACAAAAGAAACAGGUUGCUCGAGGAGGAAACUCUAAUUCGCAGUAUUCUAUCGUCUAAUUGUGACGAAACCAAGUAG